GGUACGGCGCAGGGCAGGGACAGGGUGCGCGGGCAUGAAGUUGGAGGCGUUCGGCCCCCGCGCGGCCCACGGGGACAAGCCAGGGAAUGAUCUGGAGGGUGCAGGCUGCAGCAACUUGCCAUCUCCGCUGUCGGCAGCUGGCGACGACUCCUUGGGCUCGGACGGGGACUGUGCGGCCAACAGCCCCGCGGCGGGCGGCGGCGCUGGGGAGCUGGCGGGCAGUGGCGAGCGGAGCGCAGGCGGCCGGCCCGGCGCGGAGGAGGAGGGUCCCGCCCCGACCGCCGCGCCCCCGCCGCCCGCGCCCGCCGCCUCGGCUUCUCCCGGGGCGCGCUCGCCCGCCCGCCAGGAGGGGCGCUCCAGUCCCGCGGGCAAGUUCUCCAGCUCCUUCGCCAUAGACAGCAUCCUCAGCAAACCCUUCCGCAGCCGCCGCGACGGGGAAGCGGCCCCCGGGGCGCGGCUGCCAUGGGGCGCCUCGCCCUGUCCGACGCUGCCCACAUACCCUGCGCUCCUGCCCAGCGCCUCCGGAGGGGCUCUGCUGCCGCUGUGCGCGUACGGUGCGACCGAGCCGGCGCUGCUGGGCGCGCGCGGAGCCGACGCGCAGCCCUCGGUGCCACCCGCCACACCUCACCUUCUGCUCGGGCCCCUCUCGGCCUCGGGCCCAGCCAAGCCGUUUCGAGGCCCGGCGGCCGGCGGCGGUGGCGCCGCGCACCUGUACUGCCCCCUGCGGCUGCCCGCGGCCCUGCAGGCGGCCUCGUCCUGUGGCCCCGGCCCGCACCUGCCUUACCCAGUGGAGACGCUCCUGGCCUGAGCGGCGCCGCGGAGCCCAGCAAGGGUGGGCGCCGUCGGGGAGGCAGGAAACGCAGGCCGGGGCUUUGCAUUUUCUAGCCAGACAAAAAAAAGACGGUAAAAGAAAAAUCUCCAUCAAACGUGCCUUAAAACUAAAGCAUUUUUGACAAAAGUGUUUUAAUUUAGUUCAGAAUAUUUUCCUUCUUCUUUUGUGACUUUACAGAAGACCAAACCAAUUCCCCAUAAUUGUUUUAGGUUCUUGACCAAGCCUGUCCUUCUCUCCCUUCACAAAGACUUUUCCUAUCUUCUUACUUCCCCUUACUCCUAUUUUUGUCUCACCUUCCAUUGAUUUAUCCCUUUAAACACACA